AUGACUUCGACAUCGCCCGCCGCCGCUGCCGCUCCCGCUGGUACUGCGCCCGCAAAGCCCGCCGCUGACGAUUCUGCUUCCACUAUUACUGUCAACUCCAAGCCGGCACCGCCCACCUUUCCCGCACCAAAAACCGAUAAGCCACGACCCCACGUCUGCGCGACCUGCCAACGUUCCUUCGCCCGUCUUGAGCAUUUAAAGCGGCACGAGCGCUCCCACACCAAGGAAAAACCUUUCGAGUGUCCAGAGUGCCAACGAUGUUUUGCUCGCCGAGAUUUGCUUCUGCGGCACCAGCAGAAGCUGCAUCAAACGACCACCCCCUCGGCCCGCCCACGCAACCGCCGAGAAUCUGCCAGCGGCGUGACUCCCGCUCAGGCUCGACGCAAAAAUAGCAUAGCAGGCGCCAGCGUCGGGGCCGCCGGUCAAGGAAACAACCAGAUGAGACCUCGAGCGAAUACUAUAAGCCAUGUUGACGGCGCCGCCAUGCAGAUGCUGGCCAACGUCAAUGCCCCCGUUGCUAGAGGCAUGGGUGGCCACAAUAGACACCCGUCUCUGGUAGGCCUGCCGUUGCAUAAUUUUGAUUUUGGCGGCAUGUCUCUCGCUCUCAGCCAACGCGGCAUGGCCCUCAGCCUCUCCAAACUCGAUACGGGCACCAAUGCCGAGCUGGACCCGUCCCUGAGAACGGCACCCGCUGUUGGUCCCUUUGGUACCGAAUUCGACUUUGAGAAUCUGCUCUUCGGCCAUGGAUCCACCAUUAACCCCAACGCGCUCCAUUACAACGACUCGCCUCAGUCCAUGAAUGUCGAUCAGCAGUCGCCCUUCAGCUCCUCCCUAAACGACCUGUCCACUGGUCAGCCCUUUGAGGACGGUCUCGACUGGGUUGCCGGCUUCGAGCACCAGAUGACCUUUCAGAACAAUGAAAACGCCAUUGACGGAUCGAGCCCUUCGGCAAUCAGCACAACGAGCCAGAGUGGAAUAAGCGAUGUCAUGGUGGACGGUUCCAAUCACCCGGUCCCGGCAGGGUCUUCCACCAUGUGGCAGCCCUCCGUCAUGGGUCCGCCGCAGAUGACGAACCCUUUUGCGAUGGAUAUCAAUGGGUCGGUUUUUCCCGAUCUCCUAAACGGAGCACCUGUAUCACCUCAGCCAGCUUCUCAAAAGAUCCAUGACCCCUACCUGUCCACGCCUCACUCGCAGAGUUCAAUGAACCCAUCCGUCGUAACGGGGCGCAACGCGCAAACCAUAAGCAGCUCCCCAAGCUUCCAUCACGGCCCGGACCCUACGCACCCCAUCGCUGCCGGGAACCUCGGAGCCUCUCCCGUAACCACCAUUACCGAUGCCACCAGGACCGCCAUUGUGAAUAUCCUUUUCAAAUCCCAACCAUUUGGUCGUAGACCCGCCCUCAAGACUGCGCCGCAGACUACCAUUAAUCAGCCCACCAAGCAGAAGCUGCCCACAACCGCGGACCUCCAGCGAUACGUUACAGCCUAUCUCACGCACUUCCACCCGCAUCUUCCCUUUUUGCAUGUGCCCACCCUCGACUUCGACAUGUCCAAGCCCGGCCUCGAUGACGAAGAAGGCUCCCACGGCGGCAAGGGAUGUCUCGUUCUGGCCACUGCCAUGAUCGGCGCCCUGUACGAACGAGACCUCGAAGUCUCCAAAGAAAUAUUCGAGCUGUCAAAGCGAAUGGUGUUUAUGUUUUUGCAGGAUCGCCGCCAGCAGGAAAUGAGUCGCGCUAGGAGCACCCCAUCCCUGAGCGGCUCACAGCCGAGUGACGACGGUUCCGACACGCCCGUCUGGCUCGUUCAGACAAUGUUGUUGAAUGUGUCCUACGGCCAUAAUGUUGUCGACAAGAUUGCUACGGAUAUUGCCUCGAUGCAUAUUUCGUCUUUGGUGGGUCUCGCUCAGGGUGCUCAGCUAGCGAAGCCAACACAACUUCAUGUGCCCAAUAUUGAGGAUGUGCACAUGGGCAACGAUCAAAACUUUGAACGCAAGAGGGAGCAUCUACAAGACCAUCAGUGGCUCGAGUGGAGCAGAAUGGAAGGGCGUAAGCGCACCCUCUAUGCCGUGUUCCUCUUGUCUAGUGUUCUGGUGACGGCAUACAACCAUGCGCCAGCUCUGACCAACUCUGAAAUUAUGAUUGAUUUACCCUGCGACGAAGAAUUCUGGGCCACCCAAACUAGUGCCGAGUUCUUUGCCAGGGGUGGUAUCCGCGGCGCUGCUCACAACACUCCGCCGUUUCGCGAGGCCCUCGCCGAGCUGCUUCACUCAAGCCAACAGGAAACCGGCGACGUAAGUAUGAAUACCAUGUCGGCUGCCUUUGACAUGGUCUCCAACCCCGGCAGGCAAAGCAACGUCAACCUGAGUCCCAGCUCUUUUGCGAUGCUUCUUCUCAUCUACGCUCUUCACAACUACAUAUGGGAGACGCGCCAGCGACACAACAACAGGGUGUGGACAAACGAAGAAACGGAGCGCAUGCACCGGCACAUUGAGCCGGCCCUGCGCGCCUGGCAGAUGGCCUGGUCGAGCAACCCCCGCCACAGCGUAGAGCGGCCUAACCCGUAUGGCCUUGGCCCGUUGCCCGCCGACUCGAUUCCGCUCCUCGAUUUGGCGUAUGUUCGCCUGUUUGUCAACCUGUCACGCGCCAAAGAGCGGUUCUGGGAGCGCGACUGGGUAGGCAUGGCCGAUGAGAUUGCCCGCGGCAGCCAGGUCAUUGAGAAUACCGCCGACGAAUCGACCACGGAGCCGAGCAGCCGAGCAGAGCCCGCCGAUGCCACCAUGGGCGAUGCCCUUGUCUCCAACUCCCCCGGUCCGCAGACGCAGGCGAUUGACUUUGCCAAGUUCAACACGAGCGACGACCCCAACUCGGCCGAGCGCGUCACGUCGCGGCGCGAAAAACACCUCCGGAAGGCUUCCUUCUUCGCCGCCGACUCACUCCUGAUGGCCGACCGUCUCGGCCUGUCCGUGGCGGACCUGUGGGGCGGCGAGCUGCCGCUACAAGCGGCGCUCUGCGCCUUUGACUGCCUGCAGGUGUUGGCCGAGUGGGUGGCAACGCUGCAGGACCGCGUCGGUCCGUACCUGGGCAUCGUCGGCCAGGAUAUGAUUGACUUUACGCAGAUGCCCGCCAUCAUGAUGCUCGAGGAGGACGACGUUCGGCUGCUGGAAAAGGUCCGGAGCAUAAUAGACUCGAUUGCGUCCAAGGCCAAAGAGAAGCUGGCCGCGGCGGGCAUUGACCCGAACUUUGAGCUGGUUGAACCCGGCGGUUACGUGCCCAAGCUGCUGCGUUUGUUUGGCAUCAUGCUCAAGAAUGCGGGCGUCUGGCAGGUCUACCUGAUCCUCUCGCAGUGUCUGGAGUCGCAGGCCCUGCACGCACGCAGCCGUGCUCAGCGAUCCACGACGACACCUAUGACGCAGUAG